AUGGCUAAGACAAUUGCAGGAGUGAUGUCCGACACAUGUCAUGGAUUGUGUACAUUUCAUGUACAACAAAAUGCUAUCAAACAUUUGGGGAACUUCAUGAGAGAAGGAUCUCACUUUUUAAAAGAAUUCAAUGCUUGCAUGCACCAUUAUGAAGAUAAAAUAGAGUUUGAGGAGGCAUGGAGUCGAUUACCAGCUUCAUAUGAGGUGCAAGAUAACACAUGGUUGACUCGUCUAUAUAGCAUAAAGGAAAAGUGGGCUGCUUGUUACAUGAAGAGUGCAUUCACCCUUGGUAUUAAAAGCACUCAAGUUAGCGAAAGUAUUAAUGCAAAUAUCAAAAGUUGGAUGCAAUCUGAAAUAGACAUCGUUCAAUUCGUUAAGGACUUUGAAACAGUGAUUGAAAACAAGAGAUACAAUGAACUGAAGUGUGAAUUUGAUGCUCGUCAAGCAGUACCAAGGUUGAGAAGCAAGAUUUGUCUCAUGUUAAACCAACUUGCUAAGGUGUACACUUUCACUAUUUUGGAUUUGUUCCAAGAAGAGUGGGACUUAUAUUUAGUUGCAUGUGUGAAGCAUAUGGUUAAGACUCCUUUGUUGGAUGAGAUAGAUGGAAGUCCUUCGUUGGAUAGAACUCCCUUUUUGGUUGAGUUCAUAAUUACCGUGAUUGGAAAUGAGAUCAAGGGAGAUGCCAAGAUAGCUAUUGCUCAACGCUAUAGACAACUCUGUCGUCCACUUACAAGGCUAGCAACUGAUGCUUCAAAUAGUCAUGGGGCAUUUAACUUCGUACAUGAAGCCAUAGAUGAUUUGACAAAACAAGUGAUAGAUAAGUUUUUUUAUGGGCAAAUAAGUACGGAUAAUGACUCAGAAAAUGAUACAAUGAAUGAAAGCAACAUGGUACGAGGAGCUAAAGUUGUGGGGUUCAAGAAGAAACAAGGUAUAAAGGGUAGAAAGGGUGGCAAGCGCAAAAAACCCUGGCCUGAGAAGCAACCAAAGAAAAAAACAAAAGCUGCAACAAGUGCCAACAAAGACAAAAAGGAAAGUCAGGUUAAGAAGCAAUCUAAGGAGAAAAGGGCUGCGUAUCCAAUGAUCAACCCAUUGGCAGCAAAAUUUGCUGGCGACAUUGCUUUUACUAGUUUUACAAGGGCACAACUUAACUAUUCUGCACCAUCACUUAGAGUAACAAGCAUCUAUAGUUGCGCCACAAGUUUCAGCAGUAAUGAAGAUUGA